GUCCCCGGCGCCGCCCAGCUUCUCGAACGCCCUGGGCCGCGGGCUUCUGGGCGCGCUCCCCUCCCCCGGCCGCCGGGCCGGCCGCCCGCGAGCUCCCGGCGCCCCCAGCCCCUCGGGCCGCCGCCGCAGCCGCCGCGAUGCUGCCCUGGAGGCGUAACAAAUUUGUGCUGGUGGAGGACGACGCCAAGCGCAAGGCCAAGAGCCUGAGCCCCAGGCUCGCCUACACGUCUCUGCUCUCCAGCUUCCUGCGCUCCUGCCCGGACCUGCUGCCCGACUGGCCGCUGGAGCGCCUGGGCCGCGUGUUCCGCAGCCGGCGCCAGAAAGUGGAGCUCAACAAAGAGGACCCGACCUACACCGUGUGGUACCUGGGCAACGCCGUCACCCUGCACGCCAAGGGCGACGGCUGCACCGAGGACGCCGUGGGCAAGAUCUGGGCGCGCUGCGGGCCGGGCGGGGGCACCAAGAUGAAGCUGACGCUGGGGCCGCACGGCCUCCGCAUGCAGCCGUGCGAGCGCAGCAGCCCGGGGGGCCCCGGGGGCCGCCGGCCGGCGCACGCCUACCUGCUGCCGCGCAUCACCUACUGCGCGGCGGACGCGCGCCACCCGCGCGUCUUCGCCUGGGUCUACCGCCACCAGGCGCGCCACAAGGCGGUGGUACUGCGCUGCCACGCCGUGUUGCUGGCGCGGGCGCAUAAGGCGCGCGCCCUGGCCCGCCUGCUCCGCCAGGCCGCGCUGGCGGCCUUCAGCGACUUCAAGCGCCUGCAGCGCCAGAGCGACGCGCGCCACGUGCGCCAGCAGCACCUCCGCGCCGGGGGCGCCCCCGCCGCCUCGCUGCCCCGCGCCCCGCUGCGCCGGCUCCUCAACGCCAAGUGCGCCUACCGGCCGCCCCCCGCCGCCGAGCGCGGCCGUGGGGCGCCGCGCCUCAGCAGCAUCCAGGAGGAGGACGAGGACCAGGACGAGGACGCGGGGCCGCGCGAGCGGCCGGAGGUGCUCAGCCUGGCCCGCGAGCUGAGGACGUGCAGCCUGCGGGCCGCCCCGGCGCCUCCGCCGCCCUCGCAGCCCCGCCGCUGGAAGGCCGGCCCCCGGGAGCGAGCGGGCCAGGCGCGCUGAGAGCCGGAGGUGGGGGGCGCGGGGCGGAUGGACAGGCCUCGCGGCCCCAGAACCGGCCGGCCUGACGUAGAGCCUCCGGCCUCGGCCCUGCCCACUACGGCUUCCCCGUGGUCCCCCCACCCCGCCCUUGCCUCCCUCGUAGUCUCUGUCUGCCCCGCGCCUCAUCCUGGCUCAGGGUGACGCCUGACAUGCCCUUGAGUGUGGGGGGCGGCGAGCUGGGGGAGCAGCAGUAUUCCGUGUUCGCCCCCCACGCCCGGAGUCUGCCGGCACCCUCCACUGUGGAAUUGCCUCCCCGACGCUUAACACCAAGCUGCUUUGCCCAUAGGCCACGCCCUGCCUCCCCAAACAUCCUCUCUAGAGAAGGGGGCUUGGGGAGGAGACUCUUCCAGAAAACCAGGAGGGUGGCCUUGGAUCUUGGCCGCGGGGGGAGACAGUGGGUCUGCCCGUAGCCAGGGUAGCCCUGGGCAGGCAUUCUUAGAGCGGGAAGAAUAGUGGCCCCAGAGAGCUGAGGCCAGGCCCCAAGUGGCACCUGAGUCUACUGCCAUACCACACAAGGAAGCGUGCCCAGCCUCUACGCAUGGCCUCUCCACCCCUUGGAGGACUUCUGGGACUUGGCUGCUCUGCCUGUAGAGAAAACGGGGAUGUUCCUACCACCCCGAACAACAGACGGCCAGGAACAGCCCUGUGCAGCAGGCCGCGGCCCAAGCCUGUGUCCUGGUGCCCGCAGGCCUCCUCACCCACUGUCUUUCUGCAUACAAAUGUGUGUGGGUCCUCACUCGGCGCCCCACAGCUAGGACCAAGACGUGGCCUCCAACGGAGGUAAGAGGACAUCUGGCAGGUGUUUGAGGCACUGACCACCCAGCAGAUGGACAGGGGAGAGAUGUCCCCAAGCCAAGGCUUGGCAGAGCCGGAGGGUACUGACAGCACCCGGCUUCUGACAGCAAGAUGAGGCUGGAGAGUGCGGUGACCCCACCAGGGGAGCGGGCCCCUGCCCACGUGUCUUUUAACAAGGUCACUAAAAGCCCAAAGAUCUAUGUGUCACCAAAUGAUCAUUGUAAAUAAACCGUUCCUGCUUUUUCAGCCUGUCA